AUGGCCUUUGACCAAAUGGGCCAUGAUCAAAUGGGCCCUCAGCAGAUGGGCUCUGACCAAAUGGGCCCUCAGCAGAUGGACAAUGACCCAAGCUUGGAUGAGAUUUAUUCUGUGAUUGAUGGAUUUGAUGCUUUUGAUGCAUCACUGCCCAAUAAUGAACAACCACUUGCAAAGCCUCCUCAAAGUAAAAGAAGCAACACCUCAGAGAAAAAGAAAGCAAUGAAGACUACUCAAAGUCGAGAGAGAACCACAAGGUCUGCCAACACCACAAUUGAGAAGUCACAGACCCUUACCAAGAAGACAAGAGAAGUCUCAACCCAAAAAGAGUUGGCCAAAAGCAUCACAGUGACAGGACCAACCAUAAGAUCCAAGAAGAACAUCAAUUCUACUUCAACUACCAAUUCCAAGGCUAGUAAGGUAACUGGAUAUAUUAAAUGUACUGAGAAAAUUGUGCACACACAGAAUUCUCAAACCACCAAGGAUGUUCAGAGCACAAAAAAAAUAUUAGGCCUGAAAAGGAAGUUGGAUGUGAGAAAGAUGUCACAAUCUCAAGGUCAACCAUCCAAUUCUGCUCCUGAGGUUGACAAACCCAUAUGGAGACCACCUGGGAGGUCAGUCACAGAUGUUGCAAGCUUCUCAAAAAUGUUUGGUGGAGGAUACAUGAUGAGUGGGGGAGGGAUUGUAGUCAGGCCAGACCAAUCAAUUGUUAGAAGUGAAGGAAAUGUUAGAAGUGAAGGAGCUGUCAGAAGUGAAGGAAAUGUGAGAAGUGAAGGAGCUGUCAGAAGUGAAAGGAUUGUCAGAAGUGAAGAAGAAGUGCCAAUUUGUAAACAACAGUAA